AAUUUUAAGAAGACGUGAAGCGCGACGCCAAUACUGGAACGUCACCAUUGUGUGCCCGGCCAUCGUAUGUCGUCGAUUUAAACUGAAUGAACGGCUUGUGAAUAAUUUGACGAAUAUUCACUUACGGUUGGCUAAUUCUGCUCGAGAGUAACAUAAAAGUAAAGUAAACACUAAUUGGAACGUCUCUAAGUUAUACAUUGCCAUGGCGUCUCCAGGGGGACAGGGAGGAGGGGCAGUGUCUACAAGAGGAGCAGGAGCUAGGAGGAUGAAAUGGGCUCUGGAGUUGAGCUUGGGCAAUGCUAGGGGUCGCGGAGACAGACAGAGUAACCAGGGAGAUGUGAUGUACCCCAUUGGAUACUCAGACAAACCAGUCCCAGACACCAGCAUCCAGGAAACAGACAAAAACCUGGUGGAAAAGCGUUGUUGGGACGUGGCCCUGGGCCCUCUGAAGCAGAUUCCCAUGAACCUGUUCAUCAUGUACAUGUCUGGUAACACCAUCUCAAUCUUCCCUAUCAUGAUGGUCUGUAUGAUGGCCUGGAGGCCCAUCCAGGCUCUCAUGUCCAUGUCUGCCACAUUCAAGCUGUUGGAGAACUCUAACCAGCAGUGGCUCCAGGGGCUGGUCUAUUCUGUAGGGAACCUGUUGGGCUCGGCAUUGGCUAUCUACAAGUGUCAGUCAAUGGGUCUUCUCCCAACUCACUCUUCUGAUUGGCUCGCUUUCAUAGAACCACCUCAGAGGAUGGAGAUCAUGGGUGGAGGGAUGGUAUUGUGAAGAGGACAGAAGACCCACACAUACUGAAAUAUGCUGAACUGUUCUAUUAAUACAUUAAAUCUCUUCCAAGUCUUUUCAAUUCUUCGGCUUUUAGGUUUUUGUAGAAUCCUUAAGCUUUUUAUUUAUCUACAUUUUGUUUGUCAUUUGAGAUUUAAUUUGUCACAGGUUAUAAAAUGUUACAGAACACAUUCAACAACUGAUAAUAGGACAAUGUCAUGUUUGUAAAACCGUUCUACUAAAUCCACACGGUCAACUUAAGGUGUCACCAUAACACAUUUUUCAUUUAUCUUUUUGUCAAAUAAAAGGGUUAACUAGUUAAUUUUGUUUGUUAAAUAGAAUGGUGACAGUCGUUAGAAAUGUGUGGAACUAAGUUUACUGGCAAAUGUGAAAAUGUCGUUCUGGAAUAAACAAAUUUUUUAG